AUGGCCCGGAGGGUGCUGGGCGGAGGCCGCGUCCUCGGAAGUGGGAAGAACCUCUCUCCAGCUACCUCGACUCCAUCUCCGCAGCCCAAGAGCCGACUGUCGCCAUCAGCCAGCAGCUUGUCUCUAAACUCGCAAGCAUCUACAUCACAGUACUCCCCCGAAGUACAAGACAUUACGUCGCGCAUUUCCCUUGAUAAUGGCGAGACAUCGAUCUCAGCCGCGCCUGCCGCUGCGGGAGCGCAAUUGGCAUGCCCGAUAUGCAAUGAAGAGAUGGUAACUUUGCUUCAAUUGAAUAGACAUCUUGACGAUGCACAUCAGAACUUGGAAGAAAUCAGACAGGAUGAAGUGAAGGACUGGUUCAAGUCACAGAUGGACAAAGCGAAGCGAUUCCAACCUCUUGCGGUCCUCAACCAGAAGCUUAAAGGACUCGAUGUUUUCGAGUCCAAUGAGAACUCGCAACCCCCCUCUGUCACUAUCAAUCGACAUCCUACCGCCCCUGCUGAGGUCAAGACACCAGACCCGGAUGAAGUUGUGACGCGCGAACACUGGCAGACACGAGGGCUACAUGAUAUUUGCUAUGAACCGAGCUGCGGGAAGAGACUCACAUCCACAAACGGAUGUGUUAACUGCAGAAAAUGCGGCGAGCUUUUUUGUGAAGAACAUACAAUGUACCAAAUGAAACUAUCCCGGUCAGCAAAACAUGAGCCGGUCAGAGGACUCAUAAGAGAUCACACCGAAGACUUUUCGCGACUAAGGAAACCAACUAUUGACAAAUCAUUCUUGGAAGUAUCUAGACUUGAGAAAAGACUCACUCGGUUAACACAAGCUCUCGCCAACUUGCCAGCGGAGCAGAUACAGUCUGGUGCAAGUAAACGAUGGCCUCUCGGAUGGCAAAGCGAUCAGCGCCGGGAAAUCGAGCAGUCAAUCGUGAGUUGGGAGGAUGAUGCAAGCGUCCUUCGGUGUCCCUUUUGUCAACAGGAAUUUACAAACUACACCUUCCGCAGACAUCACUGUAGGACUUGCGGUCGAGUUGUAUGUGCAGACCAGUCCACUGCUUGCUCGGCCGAUGUCGGUUUAACAGUGUUAUCAAAGAGCCAUAACUCUACCGAGAAGUCUGUGCCUUCCAAGAUCAACGUCGAUAUUAGAUUGUGCAAAGAAUGCAGAGCAACGCUUUUUGAACACCGAGACUUUGAUGAGGAAAAAUCCAAAAAGCCGCCUGUCACUCGUGCCUACGAUAAUCUCGUUCAGUUUGAACGAGGAAUUAGAUUACUACUACCGAGAUUUCAAAAAUUGUUGUCUGCUUUACAAGAUCCAAAUAAUCCGCCGUCGCAGUCACAGCUUACGGAAGCUUCGAAGGUCCGAAAAAGACUCAUGGAUUCAUUUUCGCAAUAUGAUACGGCUGCUCGUCGCAUUCGUGACUUACCAACAGAGUCACCUACUCAGAAAAAGCUGCAGAAAGCUAUUUAUCAACAAGCCAGCAAUUUUCUCCAUCUUCACAUGUUGCCGCUCAAAAGUCUGCCUAAGAUCUUGAAGCAUGCUACGCCAGAUGGUCGCCCAACACUUCAUGGCUCCCGAUCCUCUGCAUCGGGGGACACUGCUACACCAAAACCAUACACCCCAGCUCUGGCAUCGAUUAAAUAUGGGAACCACAAUACACCAAAUGGAAGUAGUCAGAGCGUCACUAGCGACAAUAGUAGCGCUAUUUCAGCACUCGAGGACGAAGAGAAAGCUUUACGAGAGCAACUCAUAGUUUUAGAAGAACAAAAAUUCUUCGUCUCGGAAAUGAUCGCCGAUGCCAACCGACGUCGCAAGUUCGACGAAGUGAGCACUUUGGCCCUCAAUAUUGAAGAUCUCAGCAAAGACAUCGAUCGAAUCAACGGGAUCCUGAAAAAACUUGACUUUGAAAGUCUUUAUACUGGCAAUCAGCAUACAUAA